UUUGGAUUGUGUGAAUGCUUCAUUCGCCUCACAAACAACCACAGAACCACAAGUGCGGUGCAACUUUCUCUCCAGGACGACAAGAGAACCUCUGGUUCUAAAUGGUUAAUCUCCGCAGGUCACUACCAGCCACCAAGACCAACUCUGUCAUUUAAGACUUCGAGGGACACCAAAACCACAGGCAAAAAGUAUAUUUGAAAGAAGAAGUAUGGCAUCUAACAGCCUGUUCAGUUCAGUCACACCAUGUCAGCAAAACUUUUUCUGGGAUCCCACUACGAGCCGGCGCUUUACUCCACCGUCCACCACAUUACCAGCUUCGGGAAAGAUGAGCGAUGUGAGCGGGAUGGUCCCUCACCAAGAGCCCGGGCCCGGAGUGGGAACAGCCGGGGCGGCGGCGGCGGCAGCGCUCGGCAGGUCUCUGAUCCGGCCCCAUGAGAACCGAACCAUGGUGGAUAUCAUUGCCGAUCACCCGGCAGAGUUGGUCCGGACUGACAGCCCCAACUUCCUCUGCUCUGUCCUACCGUCCCACUGGAGGUGUAAUAAAACCCUGCCUGUGGCAUUCAAGGUGGUAGCCUUGGGGGAUGUUCCUGACGGCACCGUGGUCACUGUCAUGGCCGGCAAUGAUGAGAAUUAUUCGGCCGAACUCCGCAACGCAUCGGCAGUAAUGAAGAACCAAGUGGCUCGUUUCAAUGAUUUGCGCUUUGUGGGCCGGAGUGGAAGGGGUAAAAGUUUUACAUUGACAAUCACAGUAUUCACAAACCCACCCCAAGUGGCCACCUAUCACAGAGCUAUAAAGGUUACAGUGGAUGGACCUAGAGAACCAAGAAGACACAGACAGAAGCCUGAAGACCAGCCCAAAGUUGGAUUAUUCUCAGAACGUCUGAGUGAAUUGGAACGCCUUCGCCAAACAGCAAUGAGAGUGGGUGCCUCAACACAGAGUCCUCGUCCUUCUCUCAAUCCUGCACCAGCUCCUUUCAGUCCUCAGGCUACAUCUCAGAUUGCAGACCCCAGGCAGGCCCAGUCAUCACCACCGUGGUCAUAUGAUCAGUCCUACCCACCCUAUCUGAGUCAGAUGACUUCACCUUCCAUACAUUCCACAACCCCUCUCUCCUCCGCCCGUGCCACAGGGCUUCCUGCAAUCACUGCUGACGUGCCAAGACGACUUUCAGGUGCUACAGACCUUGGUCCCUUCUCAGAUCCACGACAGUUUGGGCUUUCUUCCCUCACAGAGAGCCGUUUCCCCAAUCCCCGAAUGCACUAUCCAGCUGCCUUCACCUACACACCAACUCCAGUGACAACUGGCAUGUCUUUGGGUAUGUCUGCAGCUACACACUAUCAUACUUAUCUACCACCACCCUAUCCUGGCUCAUCCCCAAACCAAAGUGGACCUUUCCAGACCAGCAGUGCACCCUAUCUCUACUAUGGCACCUCUUCUGGAUCUUACCAAUUCUCCAUGGUGGCAGGGGGAGAACGCUCACCCUCCAGAAUGCUGCCACCCUGCACCAGUGCAUCAACUGGCAGUACACUUCUUAAUCCAAACCUGCCAAACCAAAAUGAUGGUGUGGAUGCUGAUGGUAGCCAUAGCAAUUCUCCCACUGUGUUGACUUCCACUGGGAGGAUUGAUGAGUCUGUCUGGAGACCAUACUGACUCUGAUUCCUUAUGAAUACAUAACUGCUUGCGAAGGAACUCAUCAUUUAAAUAGUGCCUAUUAUACAGUUUUUAACUGGAAGAAAAUCUUAUCAUAUUGUUGAGUGUUGAGUGAAAUAACUGGUACAGUAUUUGAGGACCUUUCUGUACUGAACAGGAUAUGCACAUCACAAUGCUUUUUUUAUAAGUUCUUGAGUGAACUUGUUAUCUUGUCCAAAUAUAUGAAGAACUUUUAGCUACUCAGCAAAACUGUUUUGUUUUAGAAAGAUGGGCUUUCCCAGAACUGACAGUGUGGAAAUUGCAGUAAUUUAUAAAUGCAUUAUUAGAACAACAUUGAAAGUAGCAAGAAAAGUGGCUAAAAACAAGAAGAAUAAGAGGACUCUAAGCUUAAGAAGAUGAAAAGUCCUACAAUAGUUACCCACUUUAAUUUUUUUAUAAAUUGUCUAUGAGGAAAGAUGGUUCACUGUUAGAAUAGUGGUAUCAGAAACAUACAUUUAUGCACUCAGUUGUAACUAUGCAUAGAGGGGUAAAAUGUUUCUUUAUCCAUUUCUUGAGAGAUCCCCUUUAAAUGUAAAUAGAAAAAAGUUGUUUUCUAAGUGCAGUUUAUCCACAAAUUCCUGUUAAUUGAAUGUUUACUGCAGAUUUCAAGAGGACUGUCUGUUUUUGCAUUCUUUAAAUGCUUUUGUGUAUGUUUCAAAGAAAAUUGCUUUCCAGUUUCAAACGAGGUAAAUGUCAUCUGGCUUGGAGAAAUCUCACUCUACUUCAGUGUCAUUAAUGUUUCUAUUGAAUAUUGUUUACUCGUUAAUUGAAUGGCUCCUUCAUGGUGACAUAGUGACCUUAAAAUAGUAAUGUCUACUGUAGCAUCAUUACAAUAUAGUAUCUGUAGCUGUCUGUAUACUUGAAAAAGGUGAAAGUUAUUAAUAUUGUCAUGAUAUACUCAGAUGGGUUACUUUAUGUACAUGGGAUUUGUGCAUGCAUAAGAAUACCCUAUAUGGAAAUAGGGUACUCUUGGUAGCUCAUGCCAGUGGCUGUGGGAGACCUGCCUUCAAAUCAUCUAUUCCAAAUUACAAGUUUUCUGAAAACAUAUAUAUUUUAAAAAUUGUAUAUUAAAUAUCUUGAUGUAAAGUGUAAAUUUCUUUGAGGUAUGAAAGGAAGUGUAUUAUUUGACAAUUGGUCUUCUUUUCUCAAAGAUAUUAAAUUGAAGAAAUACCCUUACCUGACUGACAGGCGCAGGGCUUUGACAAAUGAAGGGAUGGGCACAUAGCUGUCCAAUAGCACAUCACCCAAUUGUACCCCUAUAUAACUGUUUAUCAAUAUUAGGAUGAAAACCCUCCCUUGCCACUUGCCCCAUUAUAACUCAAAUUUUCUGGUAUUCGUGGUUACUAAUCUAUAUAUGAUUAGGAUCAGAUGGAGUUUUAUCAUCUAUAGAAUUAGUGAAGUUGAGAGCACAAAAUGGCAUCUGACUUGUAUCAUUUGGUUAUUGCUACACAAACCCUUUUUUUAAAGAGAUCAAAAUUCAAAGGCCCUAUAAUGAAGGAAAUUAAAACCAAAUCUUUUUGUUUAAUGCUGUCAACCAAACAACAUGUUGUUAUGGUCACUAUUUCCUUUCAGUUCUGUUAAACAAUGAAAAGUACUAAGUGAAUCUAAGUUUUUAUUUCUUUUUUUGUUUAUCCUCGUGUCCAAUUGUGUGUCUUAUAAAGCCUUCUAUUCUAUAAGGCCUUCAACCCUUAUUAGAGUAAGUGUAGUUGUACAUUUAUAAGAGGACAUUUGUAACUGUACAUUUAAAGAGAACCCACUAUGUAUCAAAGUAACCCAGGUACUUGAGAUAUUAGUCUUGAAAUACCAAUAAAUCAAGUAAUGAACUUUGAAAGAUUACACUUGCAAAUGUGUAUUCAGUCUUAAUAACUUAAAAAGCACAAAAUAGAUGAGAGGUACAUUAAUGCCAUAUCUACUUAUCCUAAUGCUUCCUUAAAUUUCAAAUGCUUUGUUCUAUUCUGAAACUUAGACAUUACUAUUUUAUGUAUUAAAUAAAGUCAAAUAUUUUUCAAUAUUUAGAUAUAGUUCGCUUUUUUUACUGCAAAGUUUUCUUGUGUGAAACAUGCUUUUGUGGACCCAAGGUUCAAUAUGGCCGAUUUACAUUAAAGCUGGACAACUUUAUUGAUAUUAUUUAUUCCAAGUGGUAGCUUGAAGCAAACCACCAGUCUACGUUUAUAUAUCUGUACAGGUAAUGAGUUCAGGAGUUUUCAGCAGCACUUGAAAAAGCAGGUGUCAGGUUACACGACUCAAGGUUGAACUAAUCAAAUCUUAUUGCCAGUGCAAACUGUUACCUAUUUAAUAAGAGGUACUCUAUUUGUUUAAUGUAAUUUUUAUUGCUAAGGUGGACUUUCAAAGAUUUAAAUAUGAUUUUUUAUAUAAAGUGAUUUUUAAAAAGAACAUUCUUUGUUAGGAUGUGAUAUUUGUAGGGCUGCAGGCAGCAAUUUUGGAACCAAAUUUAAGAUUUUGUACAGUCAAAAGCAUUUCACAUCACAUCCAGUUAGAUCCAGCAUCCACCGGGUUAAUUCCCUACGGCAAAGGUUAUAGUCGCUAUACAUUUUGGACAUCAAACAAAGUGUAUUCAUCGCUUUUCCAUUAGGAACAGGUUUUCUACUGCAGAUGUGGACAUCUUUUGGGGUUUCAGAUAAAGUUAGUUUUCUAUGGUACUGAUUGCUAACUCAAACUAUCAUUUAUGCUGCACUUAUGUGAUGCCUCAGAUGGUCUGCUGAUACAUUUGUUGUUAAUGGAAAUGUGCUUUAAUAGACUUUACAAUAAACGACAAACUUUAUUUGAUUAUAUAGUGGUAAUAGAUAAUCUGAGGUAUUAUAUACAUGCAAAAAAAGGGAUUCAGCUCCAAAUCACUCCAAUUGCAUUGUGCAAUCACAACCAACAAUGUACACUCAUGUCUGAAAUGUUGCAUUUAGAUAUGAGUCUCAUACUGUUAGUCAAAUAAUAAAUUCCUUUGCUGAUGAGAUGUGAUUCUGCAGAAGUUCUUGGGAUAGCACUGAAUACUGGAGUUGUUGUCUUUCCAUUUUCCUUUUUCUGCUAAUUAUUGAGGAUAAUUUUAUCAUUCUAUGCAACAUCCUGUUUUGUGAAGAUUUCAUUCACUGAACACUGUGCAGGUGUGAAAUAUUGUCAUACACAAAACAAACAAAAACUCCAGCAGUGCAAAUCAGAACCACAGGUUAAAGCUGUCUCUAGUUUUGUGCUGGUGAAAGGAUUAAUCUGCUUUCCUCUAGACCUUGGGUACUGGGAUUCUUGCUAAGAAAGCAGAAGCACUGAUUCUAGCUGUAAAUUGAAGUAUUUGCUGAACAUAGCAGCUCAUAUUAAUAAUGUAAAAUAAUAUUGAUGAGCACAAUUGUGUUAAGCAGAAUUCAGAAAACCUUUAAGUUUUUCCAGCUGACAGUCACUCUGCUAAUGUAACUGGCCAAUACUGGUAGCAAAAUAAGCUUUGUUUAUUAACCAUUUACUGCUAAGAACAAAAUAUUUGUAUUUGCUUCCAGAGACUGCCAUGUUAAAGUGUGCACAUGACUGUUUAGCAUUAUGAAAGCAAUAUUCUCAAAAUUGUAUUGGAAAACAACACUUUAUCCUGUUAUUUAUUAAGUACAUUGAAAGGCAUAAGUGGCAGUUUCAAUUCUAAAGAUUGAAUAAGACCUAGGCAAGCUUCAUCCAUCUCUGAUUUGGUACACCCAAUUAUCUUCAACCCUGAAUUCUCUUUACAAACAUAAAAAGGCUUCUUUUAUCAUAAUUUCAGCAGUUUAUGAUACAGUUCAUGUUUUGUAUUCUUCUAGUUUGUGAUUGUAGGCAUGAAAUGGAAAUCCUAGCUUUCUAAUGUAAUUACCACAUAGAUAGUUGAGCUCCAUGAAAAAAGCAUACAUUUUAAUCUGUUCAUAUUUUUGUGUAUGUAAAACAGACAACAUUCUGCAGUUUUGAUUUCAAAGAUAUACUUACACUUCUGCCUUUUUAUUGUGUUUUUUUACUUUUUGUAUAAAUACAAGCUUUUUAUUGCUGUUAUUGAAUAAUUGCUUUGCACUGAAUAUACUGUACAAAUGCAUUGUGUUUCUAAGCCAUUGCCAUCAUUGAUUAUGAAUCACUUUGCUACGUCUUAAAAGGGAACAAUGCUAAGGUAAUGGUUUUUGUGUCACCGAACCGCAAAAUUCCUUGUCUGACAUAUUGUCAUGAUUGUAACAUUGAUUUAAGUUUGAAUUUCAUUCUCAAUAAAAUGGCAUUUUCUAUUAA